GUUAGUGUCUAUUCUCAUCCUCUAGUUUCCUAUCUUCGUGAAUGGCGUCGGGGGUUGCUAGAGAUAAAUGAUCUUCAAAAUUUGGGCUUAUCUGGCGGUGUCGCUUUUUCUGGAAAAACUUUACUGAAAUUAGCCAUUAAUACUUAA